AUGGCUGAAAGAUUGAGCCAGACCUUGUGCUGUGGUGUCUGCAUGCAGACCUACAUUGAGCCCGUGACCCUGGACUGCGGACACAACUUCUGCAGACCCUGCGUCCUGGGGCUGUGGGCCGGCCAGGAGGACACCGUCCUGUGCCCUCAGUGUGGCCAGACGUUCCCCAGGAGGGAGCUGAAGACUAAUCAGCUGCUGGCCACCUUGGUGACCAGCCUGGGUGUCCUGCGACUGGACCCGGAACCUGCGGUGACUGGACAGAGGUGCCCUUCCCACUGGGCACAGCCAAUGCUCUUCUGCCGCAAGGAUCUUGCACUGGUGUGUCCCAGCUGCCUGGCACAGGAUCCGGAUGGAAGGAAAUCCCUAAUGCCUCCGGAGGAAGCCUACACCUUCUGCCAGGCAAAGCUGGAGAACUCGGCUGCUUUCCUGGAGAAGAGACUGUUGGAGUACCGGAUGGUGGAGUGCAGCCAGGGCUCCCGGAUCUCUGAGACGCAGGAAUUGGCAAAGAACCUCCAAGAGAACAUCGAAGCACAAUUCUCCAAGAUGCACCAAUUCCUGUGGGAGCAGGAGACGAAGCUGAGUGAGCGGCUGACCAAGGAGUCCCAGGAACUGGUUCAGUCUCUGGAGGGGAACCUCACACUGGUCUCCAAGAGGACCACCUCCAUCGAGAAGCUCAUUGCAGAGAUACGUUCGCUGAUCAACACCGAGGACCGAGAUAGGCUCCUGACGGAAAUCAAGAGCAUCAUUCAAAGGAGCGACCUGCACCGGGAGCCGGUGCUCCAGCCGCCCGAGAUGAGCAUCGGUGAGUUCCGUGGCCCGUUGCAGUACGCGGCGUGGAAACAGAUGUUUAACGUCGUCAGCCCAGUUCCGGCGCCUCUGACUCUGGACCCGGAGACGGCGAGCCCCUCUCUCAUCCUGUCCAAGGACCACACUAUGGUGAAGAGGCGGAUCAAGCUGCGGCAGGUGCCCGAGAGCGGCCGGAGGUUCACCUUCUGCGCGGCCGCGCUGACCACGGAGGGUUUCGCCUCGGGGACCCACUACUGGGAAGUGGACGUGGAGGCUUCGGCCGCCUGGAUCGUCGGCGCCGCCAAAGAGACAGCGGAGCGCACCGAAGACGUGCUGUUGACACCCGAUAACGGCUUCUGGACCGUCAGACUGUGGAAUGACAAGGUGCAUUGUCCCCGGCAUGGGCUGGCAUCGGCCCACUCGUGCGCCAACGCCAAGCCCGAGCGGAUCGGGAUCUUCCUGGACUACGAAAGGGGGCAGCUCUCCUUCUACGACGCCGGCGACAUGUCGCAUCUCUGUACCUUCUUCGAACGCUUCUCAGAGAGGCUCUACCCCUUUGUCUUCCCUCUCUCCAGCUUGGAAACGGCGGAGACUGAGGUGCUCCGGCUUUUCCACCUGCGGCUGUGAGAUUGGGGGAAAGGCGGUGAGCUGCCAUCCCGAGGAAUAAUGAUUCUUCGGCCCGGCUAGUGAGGAUGGGAAGGGGAGGGAUUGCUGUCCCGCGGAGUAACCUUUCUCUGGGAUGAGUAUGCAAAACCGA